GGUCCUGUCAUAACACAGUUGUUUCGUGUUUUUAUCGAAUUUUGGAUUGAAUUGAGUAGCAAUACAAAUAGGUAGCAAUAGUUUUAAUAUUCAGUUUUUAAUAUAGUUAUUAAAACGAAAGUUUCCAAUAUAUUUAAUGUAAUUUGCCUCUAAACCUGCACGCGUAAGGUGACGUUAAGUAUGCGAAAGAUAUAAUCAAGAUCUUAUCAACAAAGACACAACAAGCUAAUAGAAUUGCGGAAUCGGAUGCAAUGGAAAACGAAAUAGAAGAAAUAACCGUGAAACCUGAAUUUGUGAAAAUUGAAAUACAAAUCGAACCGUUAAUCGAAGAAUCGAGUAACUCAAAAGAAGACGCAGACGAAAGUGAGUCUGAAGGGCAAGAGGAUGGCGAUCCUGUUGAUAAAGUGUACGCGAACGGUAGUAAAAACAGAGUGUCGUGUCCAAAAUGCGAUCGGACGUUGAAAAACCGAGCGAACUUAAAACAACAUCUGAGAACCGUCCACUUGGAAGGUGCGGAGACCGUGGAGUGCUCCCAGUGCUUUCGUGUGUUCAAAUCGAAAGAGUACCUCUGGAAUCACAUUCACGCUGUACACAGGAAUGAUAAGGAAGUGAGUUGCAACGAGUGCGGUAAGGUUUUCUUAAGUAAACGUCGGCUAGACAACCACGUGUAUUACACCCAUCGCGAUGUGACUCCCAUACCUUGCACGAAAUGUGACAAGGUGUGCAAUGGGCAGCGCAAGCUCAAGACGCAUAUGAAGAACGUACACACGUUCCAGAAGAAUGUUCAAUGCCCGCAAUGCGAUAAAACGUUUAAAAUCGACACGCUACUGAAGAAACAUAUCACCUACUCGCACGCUACGGACGAUAUUGAAUACAAAUGCCCCUGCGAUACAAUAUUCACGUCGUAUAUACGUUACAAGAAGCACAUGAACAACGUCCACCCAGUCAACACACCGCGGUGCCUGCUCUGCCACAAGGCGUACAAAACGCCAGCGAUUGCGAAGAAGCACCUGCGAGUGUGCCACAGCAUUCCAAAAGACGAUCUAAACAACUAUCUGACCUACAACGACCUUCCUGAACCCGUAGUUACGGCUGAACCUGAAUUGAUCACGUGCAAUUUUUGCUUUAAAACGUUUUACGAUAAAGUUACAUUCCAACGGCACAUGAAAACCACGCACCCACCGAAGGAAGCGGCGGAGGCCUGCGAUGUCUGCCAGAAAACGUUUAAAUCCGCGCUCCAUGUGAGGAUACACAAGUCGGCAGUGCAUUCGAAAGCGAAGGAGGCUUGCGACCUGUGCGGGCGCGAGUUCGCUACCAAAAAGUAUUUACUGCGGCACAAAUUAACGCACGUCCAUGAUAAGAUGGCGCAGUGCAAUAUAUGCCAACGUUUCUACCAAUCAGAGUCACAUAUGAAGACACAUCAAAGACGGAUACAUGGAAAGACUAUUUUUGGGGUCUGAAUAACAAUUAUGGAACUUUCUUGGUUAAUGAGUUAAACUGUGUGAUAUUAACAGAACAAUAGCUGUUCACCCCGGCUUUGCCCAUAGUGCAUGGCCCUAUGUCUCACGAUGAAGUUGCAGCAGUUGAAGUUCUAAUGGGGAAAGAAUUUUUAAAUUCUCUGAAACUCGCCAGUGGUUUUGUGUGAAAAAUGUUACAAACAUACACAAAUACAGAAGAAAUCCUCUUUGUAAUAUUAAUGUAGAUAAAUGCAAU